AUGAGUAGUAAAUCCGGAUCUACUCGCAAAUCUCAGAGGGCACGUGAUUUUGAAGAAUCUGAAGAAACAGAGAAACCUUCUCUAACCCGGCGAAAAAGUUCAAGAUUAUCAACACAGUCUGUACCAAUUGAGAAAAAGAAGACUCCCUCGUCAAAAACAACGAAGCGUGUGCCGGUAAGCGAACGAGUGUUUCACGAAGAAGUUGAAUCAAGUUCCGAAGAUGAAUUGUUGCCCCAAACAAAGAUGGCAUCUGAAGAAAAACGAAAAUUGCUUCUGAGUCCCGGAUCAUCGCUAGCAGAUCGUGUCGAGAAACUUGAAAUUUCAAGCCCACGAGCCAGAGGUAGACCACGAAAAGCUACAAACUUGAAGAGCCAAUUGACAACUCCACGUACUCCGGAAAAACAGUCGAGGUCACGAUCUGGAUCUCAGGGAACACCAGAGAAAAAGUCGCGAAAAGAGAGCUCAUCGGAAUCUGACAGCGAAGAAAUUAUUUCAACAUCUUCCGAAGGGGCUUUGAAAGGAAGACGUGAAGAAUUUGAUUCACUGAAAUUAUGGAUUAUGAAAAGUAAAGAAACGAAUACUUCGUUGUCUAUUUAUGUCAGUGGACAACCUGGAACUGGAAAAACUGCGACCACAAUGAGAGUUCUUAAAUCAUUGGGAAAAUCAGUUCGAAGUUGUAUUGUAAAUUGCGCUUCAACAAAUACCAAAUCAGCACUAUUCAAAACGAUUUUCGAAUCUUUGGAUUUGGACGGAAAGCCGAAUGAAGAAAUUUUUGAGAAGCACGUGAAGCAAUUCAAAACUCCUCUGGUACUGGUUCUCGAUGAGAUUGAUCAUCUCGCGAAUCGAAAGAACGCUGCACUCUACGCAGCUUUUCAAUGGCCAGAGACGUUGUCUCGAAAAAUUAUCAUUCUUGGAAUUGCAAAUUCGAUUGAUUUGACAGAACGACUUCUUCCAAAAUUGAUGCUCGCGAAGCCACCGAAAAGACUCGUUUUUGAACCGUAUACGAAAGAUGACAUCGUAGAAAUUUUGAAUGAUAAAAUGAAAAACGAGGAGACUUCAAUUGACGCAAAGGCAAUCGAGUUAACCGCUCGUAAAGUGGCUGCAAUGAGCGGAGAUCUUCGUACCGCACUCCACAUCUUCAAACAACAAAAAAGUCGUAUGAUUCCUGAUGAUUCAAAAGUUCCUGGUACCCCAGUUAAUGGAUGUCGUGAAGUUCUUGGAAUCAUCAACAAUGUCUAUUCGUCUCCAUUGGCUCGUGCUCGUCUUCCACUUCAACCUCGAAUUCUUCUAGCUGUCUCUUUAACACUUUCUGCCAACAAGAAAUGCACAUUCGAUCGGAAUUCCCUGCUCCGUGCCUAUUAUAAAGCUUGCGAGGCUCUUCGAAUGCCCGCUCUUGAUGACGAUGAACUUCAUUCAGCGUUCCAGACUCUCGAAUCUCAAUCCUUCGUCCGUCAGUUAAACGGCGGAAAGCUAGUUCUUCAAGUUGAUGCUCCGACGGCAAAAUCGGCUAUCAGUGACAACGCGAUGCUUGAUCAAAUUGGACUCCUUCAAUUUUAAUCGCAUCUCCUGUAACAUAAUUUAUAUCCACUUCUAUUUAUUGAAAUAUUGAAAAAGUUUUGAAUUUCUUACUUUGGCAUUUCCCUGUAAACUUUAUCAUUCCUCUCACUUCCUUUCAACGCGUUCUCUCUUCUGAAUACCUGUCCCUUUACCUUCGGGUACACGUUCUGUGUAAUUUAUAAACGUUCUCCAUAUUU